UAGGAGCAUCAUAUAUAUUUGAUGAUGUGGCUUCAUUGAGAUCAACCUGACAAAAUGGCCACGGAUAAACAAAAUGAAUGCUCAUGUUCCUUCCAUAUCAGAAUCCUCUACUUUGCUUUUUCAAUUCUCUGUUUUCUCACAAUUUCGAUGUUUGUGCUAACAUUCUGCUACGUAUCGCAAUUGCGAGAAACCAGGCUCUGCCUCCCCGAAGCUUCAGGGGAACCCUACGUUCGAGGAACCGCUACCAUUUCUCAAAGCGAUCGCUCGCACCGUGAGUUUGCUGGAACGGGAGGCCACCCAAAUGCUAACACUUUAAAUGACAAUUUUCAUCAAAUUUUCGAAGAUGGAAAUGAUUUGGAAGCUGAGAAAGGCAGAAAGCAUGGUGCGGAAACAGGAGAAAAUGGGAUUUACAGUGAGAAAACUAGGAACUUGAGCGCAAUCAGAAAGGAAGAUGGGGAUAUUUCUCGGCGAGCUAGAAGGAAUGUGAAUGGAGUGAAUGGUAGAAGGCUUCAAGUAUUAGCAACAGUGCCCAUAUCUAUUCCCCUUUCUUCAAUAGCAAACGUAUGCAACUGGACAAACGGAGAAUGCCCAACAGGUCCAAAAGGAAACCCUGGUCCUGUAGGAUUGACUGGUCAAAUCGGUCAGAGGGGUCUUCCUGGACCAAGAGGAGAGCCGGGUGUUAGAGGGAAGCGAGGAGAUCGAGGACCCAAGGGCCAAGCGGGAGAAAAUGGAGAUCGAGGGGCUCGUGGUGAAAAAGGAGACAUGGGUUUAUCUGGACCACAAGGACCUCCUGGUAUUCAAGGGACUCAGAUUGACAACUGUUCAUGCCUGGUAAUGAAUAUAUCAGCUCUUCUCCAGCGCCUCAACGAGCUCACAGCUAACAAGACGUCUCUCUUGAACUUUGUGCAGAUGUCUAUCGCAAAAACGGUUACCUGUGGGUGCCCCGGACCACCAGGCCCCGUGGGUCCCCAGGGAGAGGUUGGGCCAAAAGGGGAUAGGGGUUUGGUCGGCCUUACAGGAUCUACCGGGGAUAAGGGCGAGCGUGGGUCUCUGAUAGACGGUGAAGGACACAUAUUGCAUGGUCCACCCGGACCUAAAGGAGACCAAGGCAUUUCUGGUUCAAGAGGUCCUAAGGGGGAUCCAGGGCUUGACGGUGUUGAUGGGAUAAUGGGUCUACCUGGGUUUAAAGGAGAAGCUGGUCCUCGUGGUAUUCUGGGUGAAGUGGGGGAUCCUGGACCGAUGGGAAUGAAGGGUUCCAAAGGGGAUAUGGGUCCGAUGGGAACCAGGGGCCAGAUUGGGUACGAUGGUCAGAAGGGUCGCAAGGGAGAAACGGGUAUCAUGGGACACAGAGGUGUUCCUGGAUCAACAGGACCGUUUGGACCGAAAGGAAUCAAAGGAGAUCAGGGCAAGAGAGGCGAGAUAGGCUACCCCGGUCUUACGGGUUCAUCUGGUCCGCCAGGAGUGCCCGGAACACCAGGCCGUGACGGAAUGAAAGGGCAAAAAGGAGAAAGGCAUAUUUAUGUGCUCCCAGAUGGUAAUGUGUCGCCUACAGAAUAUUCUUCUCUCACCCCAUCGGACUCGAACCCAACAACCAAGCCAGCUAACAUCGAACCCGAAAAGAUGUUCAAAAUCUACGAACCAAUCGUGAAAUCACAGUGCCGUUUGACGAAUAUUUCUUCUCCACGUGAGAUACACGCUAUGACAAGAUCAUACGGAGCCUGGAUGAAAGACACCUCUAUGGAUAGCAGACAUCCUGAUAUGAUAUGGGUUACUAUGCAUCACCGUGGUGCAAUACUCAUAGAGUACAAGAAUCUUGAUGAAAUGAAAAGGCGUCGCCUCUCAGCAACCUUCGCAUUGCCUUUCCAGUGGGAUGGUGCCGGUCACGUUGUAUACAAUGGAUCGUUCUACUAUCAUCAUCUCAACAAAGAUUAUAUCAUUCGAUAUGACUUGACUACAGGAUCCAUUAUUGAGCGCGCACAUGUUCCAUCUCUAGGUUAUGCCAGCGACGACUUGUUCCAACUAUCAUCCGGAUACACCAACGUCGAUUUCGCCGUGGAUGAAAACGGUCUGUGGAUCAUAUACCCAGUCACUCGCCCUGGAUCGGUCGGAAAACUCACCGUAUCCAAACUCGACCCUGAAUCACUGGAAAUCAUCACAACUAUCACGACGGAUCAUAACUUCGAGUCAACGGCCAAUGCGUUCAUUGUCUGUGGAGUCUUGUACACGACCAAAGGACCGCAUAGCCGACCAUCGAGGGUCGAUUUUGCUUUUGACUUGUUUAGAGAGGUUGUAUUGGAGGAUAUAAGUAUGAAUAUUCAAAACAGACAUCGUAAAACUGUGAUGCUCUCAUAUAAUCCUCGGGAUAGACUCCUCUAUGGAUGGGAUAAAGGAAAACUUCUGACUUAUGAUGUCGCCAUCAAGGAAUAUACAGACGAUUAA